AUGAUGCCCUGCGUUCGUAUGAGGCGUUCGUUUUCGAAAAUAGCGCUGUGUUCCGCUGCGGCUUUUGUUUCGUCUGCAACGGUGCUGUUGCUUGGCGGGUAUGACUCGCGAUGGUACACCCCUUUGGUUGCGAGAGCGCACUCGGCUAGCGUGGCGUCUGUGGACCACGGGCCGUUGCCGGUGCUCGAGACGCCACCGCGUCGUCACGCGCAGCUGCGAGUGUUAAAAGAGAGCGGCAUGCGUUAUGAAUCUGUCCAAAAACGGAAAGCCGAAGCUGGAGGCGACGGCUCAUCAAAAGAGGCUAUGAGUGCAGUGGUACCGAGCGCUUUGCCGGAAGACGGCCUCUUCGAUAUUCUCGUCGUUGGUGGCGGCGCGACCGGCUCCGGCGUUGCACUCGACGCAACGCUCCGUGGACUCCGAGUUGCUCUAGUAGAGCGGAACGAUUUCGCGUCUGGCACGUCGUCUCGUUCGACGAAACUCAUUCAUGGUGGUGUCCGGUACUUGGAAAAGGCGUUCUUUCGUGCUGACCCUGCGCAACUAAAGCUCGUCUUCGAAGCUUUGCAUGAGCGAGCGAUCAUGCUCCGUCAAGCGCCUCACUUGACACAACCGCUGCCGACGAUCCUGCCGUGUUACAAAUGGUGGGAGAUCCCAUUCUAUUGGGCUGGGCUCAAGGCCUACGACUUUCUGGCCAUCGCAGGCAAUGGCGCGCUCUAUAUGAGCAAGUUCCUCUCGGCGGCGGAAGCGCGGCGUCAGUUUCCGACCCUUUCAGCGCGCCGUGGCCGGGACGGCGCCACCCUCAAAGGCAGUAUUGUGUACUACGAUGGCCAGAUGGAUGACGCGCGAUUCAAUGUGACGCUUGCAGUGACGGCGGCGCUACACGGGGCAGUGAUUGCAAAUCACACUGAAGUUUCGGGCUUGAUCAAGGAUGCCUCAACUGGAAAGGUCAUUGGCGCAACAGUUCGUGAUCGUUUCACCGGAGAAGAAUUUCCGGUCUACGCGCGAGUGAUUGUGAACGCAACCGGCCCGUUUGCGGAUCGGAUACGAGCGAUGGACGAGGGACCUGAGGCGCUCGGUCCCCAACGCAUGAUAGUUCCGUCAUCUGGGGUGCACGUUACUCUGCCCAGUUACUAUUCUCCGGAAGGCAUGGGUUUGAUUGUACCAAAAACGCGCGACGGUCGGGUUGUCUUCAUGUUGCCAUGGUUGGGAUCGACAAUUGCCGGCACCACGGAUUCAAGCACGGAGAUUACGGACAUGCCACGUCCGCAUGAGGCGGAGAUUGAGUUUAUCUUAGACGCGCUUCGUGAUUAUCUGAACGUGGAAGUGCGUCGAAAGGAUGUUCAGAGCGCAUGGAGUGGUAUUCGACCGCUUGCAAUAGACCCCAAAGCGAAGGACACACAGAAUAUCCUUCGUGAGCACACAGUCCACGUCUCUGGCUCGGGUCUGCUGACCAUCGCGGGUGGCAAAUGGACGACUUACCGAAAAAUGGCACAGGACACUGUGGAUACUGCUAUCAAAGUUGCAAUGUUGGAGUCUCGCGUGAAGCACAAGUGCUUGACAGAGAAGGUCAUCCUCACCGGAGGUCAUACUUAUGACCCGUCGUAUUUCGCUUUUCUCACGCAGCACUAUGAAAGAGUGAAAUACUCUGUCAGUAAGGGUGCCAAACUCCAGACCACGACGCUGGACGUAGACAUAGCGCAACAUCUUGCUCGAGCCUACGGAGAUCAAGCUUACAAGAUCUGCGAUAUUGCGAGCAGGGAAGAUGCUGGUUACGGCAAACGCAUUGCGCAUGGCUACCCGUAUAUUGAAGCAGAGGUCGUGUACGCAGCUGAAAACGAAUACUGUGAGACAGCCCAGGACUUUUUGGCGAGACGCUCGCGUCUUGCGUUUCUGAACGCCCGGGCGGCGAAAGAGGCGCUUCCCCGCAUCGCUGAGAUUCUCGCUGAGAUCCACGGCUGGAGUCGCACCCGCUUGCAGACGGAAAUGAAGGAGGCAAUGGAGUUUCUCGAGACGUUUGAGUCCGGUCGUACGACUGGUGAGGUCGGUGAACAGGUUGAAGCAGUGGCCGCAUAA